GCGGAAGCGAAUGUCUUCGGACAUGCAUGAGCUGCAACGUUGAUUUAGACGUUUGUCAUUUGUUGUUCGCUACGAUAUUGCUUUUCUGAUCGGGCCUUAUCCAUGAUCUGUAUAUUACUGGUUGCCGGUCACGGCACCGUGUUAGAAACACAAAUUAAGGAUGAUGCAACAGGUUUCUACAGCCAGAUGACUGGGGUUCCAAAGGCCUUGCUUCCUGGCAUUAAAGGAAAGAAGAUCCUCGACUUUUGGUGGGAAACUGUCAACACGCGGCAGUUGUUUACAGAUGUAUAUCUGGUCACAAAUGCAGACAAGUAUAAGCACUAUGAACGUUGGGCCACCGCUAAUGACUUCCCAGUAGAGAACGUGAUAAAUGAUGGCAGCACUACGCUGGAAGAUCGUCUGGGUGCCGUGGCCGACCUGGAGCUGGCCAUACGCAGCCGCAAGCUGCAGGACGACAUUGUGGUGAUAGCAGGAGACAUGCUGUGUGCAGACCAGAACUUUGACAUUGCACAAGUUAUCCGCUUCUUCAGGUCUAAGCCUGGUGAGCUAAUCGUUUACUACGAGCUUGAGGAAAGUGAGAAAAGCAGCUCCAGGGGCAUCGUGGAGGUCUGUCCUGACACACACAGGAUAUGUCGCUUCUUGGAGAAACCCCAGGAGGGGCUGACAGAGUCUCGGCUGGCCAGUGUGGUGUUCUACUGCAUUCAGAGAAACACGCUGUCCUGCCUUUCGGAUUUCCUCAGCCUGCAGCCUCAGGGCACAGACAGGACCUUCGGACAAUUCUGGGAGUGGCUCAUCAAUGAGAAGAAGAUUGAUGUGUUUGGCAUGAAGCUUCCCACUGGUUUCCAGCUUAUUGGACAAGUGGGACUGUCUGACUACACCAAGUGGCUUACCCACUAUUCCAGUAAGCAUCGAGACAAUCCUGCUAAACCAAUCACUUGCAGAUCUUAUGCCAGGGUUGGAUUAAUGGGGAAUCCCUCAGACGGCUUCAAUGGAAAAACCAUCGCCAUGACCAUUUCUAACUACUGGGCUGAGGUCACUCUGGUGGAGAGUCAGACAUUGGUUUUAGUUCCUCAUCCUCUCAAUGACCCCACAGAAUUUGGAAGCUUGCAAGACCUGUUCUGUAUAAGCAGGAAAGAGGGAUACCUGGGAGGUCUCCGUCUCCUGCAAGCGACCUGUAAGAAGUUCUACCAGUUCUGCUCCAAACAGGGUAUCGCUUUGACCAAACAGAACUUCACACUGAAGUAUGACACCAACAUUCCCAGACAAGUGGGCCUUGCUGGGAGCAGUGCCAUUGUCUCCGCUACCCUGAAGUGCCUAAUGAAAUUCUACAACGUCACAGACAAUGAUCUCCCAAAGCCAAUCAGAGCCAACUUCAUCCUCAACGUGGAGACUGAUGAACUUUUCAUUACUGCAGGGCUGCAGGACAGAGUUGUUCAGGUCUAUGAAGGCUUAGUCUACAUGGAUUUCAGCAAGAAGCUUAUGGAGGAGCGGGGCUAUGGGAAUUAUCUUACUAUGGAUACGAGUGACCUCCCACCAUUCUGGCUGGCCUACCUCAGCGACCCCAGUGACUCUGGACGCAUCCACAGCAACAUCAGACAGCGCUGGCUUAAUGAGGAGCCCCUGGUCGUUGAAGCCAUGAAAAAGUUCGCAGAGCUCACCGAUCAAGCGAGAACAGCUUUACAGAAGAAAGACUGGGGCCGCCUGGCACAGCUGAUGGACCAGAACUUUGAGCUGAGGAGAUCUAUCUACACUGAUGACUGUCUGGGUCCUGGGAAUAUCAAGAUGGUUCAGCUCGCGAGACAGUUUGGCUCAGCAGUGAAGCUGCCUGGCAGUGGGGGCGCCGUGGUGGGUCUGUGUAUGGACCCAGCCAAACUGGUGGAGAUGAGGCAAGCCUUCCAGGAGGCAGGCUGUGUCUUCUCUGUUGUCGUGCCAUACAACCCAUCUGCCAGCACCGUCAGCAGCCAAGACUAACCUCAGGGCUCCAUCACCUACUCCACCUAUUGAAGGCCAACUCACGGUCAUCGCUCGGAUGUUGCACAUUGUGGUCUUCAAUAUGUGACCGAAUCCUAACGUAAUUUCAUAGGCUUUAUUAUUGCCAUUGCCAGAUUAUUAUUAAAAUUUGCAGAACAAAGCCAGUUAGGGUAAGACUGUCAUUGUCUAAUCAUAUUUCAUGCUUUAAUUUACUAGAUGGACCAAAUAAUGUUGAGUUGAAACCAUUUUCCUUAGUAAAUCAUUAAACCUGCAGGUUUUAGAGUUCGUUGUAAAUUAUGUGUUUCCAACGUUCUUAAUGUCAUUUAAAUGAGCAGGUGUAACGUAUACACACGUAAACAUUACGUAAUCAUUUUCUAAUUGUAUAUCCUAUGAUUAUUCAUUUGUGUAAUGCAUGUCAUUUGUGUACACAAAUAAAUACUUGGGUGUUUUCUCACGGA